CUCUGAUUGGUUUACAUAAGCACUAAUGUUUGAAAGUGCCCUGUCCUUGAGUUUUACAUCCUCUCGCUCUCGAUUAUGUCCAUAGAGACAGAACAAUGGGAUUAAUUGACACUUUCCGCGUCUUAAUCAAAUCCAUUUUGGUCGUCAUUUUGUGGUCCAAAUGCGAGGGUCGGGAGUCAGAGUUUAACUACGUCACCUGCGGUUCGCUUGUGAAAUUGCUGAACACGAGACACAACGUUCGGCUGCACUCUCAUGAUGUAAAAUACGGCUCAGGCAGUGGCCAGCAGUCUGUGACGGGUGUGGAGAGUGCAGAUGACGCCAACAGUUACUGGAGGAUUCGGGGGAAGCCCGACGGGACCUGCCAACGCGGCGUGCCCAUCCAGUGUGGUCAGGCCGUCCGCAUCACGCACAUGACCACGGGACGCAACCUCCACACACACCACUUUAGCUCGCCACUGUCCAACAACCAGGAGGUGAGUGCGUUCGGCGAGAACGGCGAGGGGGAUGACCUGGACGUGUGGCGAGUGCAGUGUGACGGCUCCAUCUGGGAGCGGGACGAGGCGGUGCGCUUCAAACACGUCGGCACCGACGCCUUCCUGAGCGUGACGGGCGAGCAGUACGGCAACCCCAUCCAGGGGCAGAGGGAGGUGCACGGCAUGGGCACUGCCAACCAGAACAACUACUGGAAGGCUAUGGAGGGUGUGUUCAUUCUCCCCAGCCAAGAACCGCUGAGACACCAUCACGAAGAGCUCUGAUGACAUCAUCAAGCUAACGAGACGCCGUCACGAAGAGCUCUGAUGACAUCAUCAAGCUAACGAGACGCCGUCACGAAGAGCUCUGAUGACAUCAUCAAGCUAACGAGACGCCGUCACGAAGAGCUCUGAUGACAUCAUCAAGCUAACGAGACGCCGUCACGAAGAGCUCUGAUGACAUCAUCAAGCUAACGAGACGCCGUCACGAAGAGCUCUGAUGACAUCAUCAAGCUAACGAGACGCCGUCACGAAGAGCUCUGAUGACAUCAUCAAGCUAACGAGACGCCGUCACGAAGAGCUCUGGUGACAUCGUCAAGCUGCUGCGUCACGAUGAGCUCUGACGUCAUGACGAGCUCUUGACGACGUCACAAUGAGUGCCGAUGACAUCAUCGGACAUCGUCACAUAAUAUUGCGCCUCGGCUUCGUCUGAAACGGAACCCUUUUCCUUAUUCUAUAAUAUAUACCCACAUGACUCUGAUCAACAAAAAAAACAGUGCACUAAAAUAGAGAAUAGGGAGCCACGUCAGACACGGUGCAAGUCGACUGCAGGAUGACACUGAUGCAGCUAACUGGGUCAAGAUGGCACCUAUGACUUUGUUAUGACAUUCUUUUGUAUACCCGUUAGCCAACCGGGAACAACUUUUGAUGACUAUUGACUACUGAAUAUAGGCUUACGUUAGGAGCAUCCGGCUCUGUGCAGUCGGUCUCUGGUGAAGGGAUCAGACGGGGAGAUGAGAAGGUUUGUUUGACGAUGAGAAUCGGUUGACGUUUUUGAAUUUGACACAUCUCUGAACAAAAUGGGAUUGAAGAAUUUGGCUUUGGUUAGUUUGAGGGAGAAUGUGGUAAGGCAGUUGCUCUGCUCUGAUAUCAGAGGUAUUAGCACCAGCCCGCAGGGGGGGGGGAUCUAUGGGAAACACUGCCAUUUCCAGGUGAAUCUACUGUGCCUGUCUACUCCUUAGCGACCGACAUCCUGAUGGUAAUAAAAACAUUGUCUGGAUUUUUCACUUCCUGUAGCUGCUGUGCUCACCCUUUACCUCUAGCUGCUGUGCUCACCCUUUACCUCUAGCUGCUGUGCUCACCCUUUACCUCUAGCUGCUGUGCUCACCCUUUACCUCUAGCUGCUGUGCUCACCCUUUACCUCUAGCUGCUGUGCUCACCCUUUACCUCUAGCUGCUGUGCUCACCCUUUACCUCUAGCUACUGUGCUCACCCUUUACCUCUAGCUGCUGUGCUCACCCUUUACCUGUAACAAUGACAUCACAUUUAGACACCGCCUACUGUAAGGCCUUUCCCCCGGGAACAUGACUCACCUGACUUGCUUUUGGGAUUGUUUUCUUAUUGUGUUUAGACUUAUUUUAUGUUUGUAUGUCGGGAAAGGAUAUUGUUUAUUUGUAUAAAGGCGAUAGAAGUUAUUUGGAACACAAUUUUCAAGGCUGUUUAUUUUUAGUUCUCUGCAGUUUUCAUUGUGGGUCAUCGGGGAGGAUAUUUUCUAGUCUGUAAUAUAGAGCCUCAACUCCAUAUGAUAUCAUGAAACACCUUUGUUUGGGCUAGUUGCUCUUUCGACGAUGAAUCACAAUUAAUAAAGACAUUUUGUUUCUGUG